CUAUUUUGCUCACUAGCCCAAGCCCGCGGUGGUAAGCUAAGUGACUGAUUCGUGUGGUUGCAUCGCAAAUGGUGUGAAUAAGCGAGCUAGCCCUAACUCCAUAACCAACCCAUUUCCUCUUCUGCUUCCAACUCACUCACUCACUCCUCAACUCCUUCCUUCUCCGUUCCUAUUUCGCAACCCUCGCUUUUCAAUUUACGAUUCUCCUUCGCCUCACCGCAGAUCGCUUCCAAUGGCUUCGCCCGCGUGGUUGCCGCAGGACCCACAGCCACAGCCACCUGUGUCCGGAGAAACGCCUCUUCCCGUGCCUUCUUCCGCUCCUGCAACUCCUUCUUCCGCUCCGCCACCGCCACCACCACCGCCAUUCGCGUACGGCGUGCUUCACAGUGUUAACGCUUCCGUCAGUUCUCAGCACUCAUCGACACAUCCUGCGAUGAAAUCCAAUUCUUCAGCAAAUCCCAUGGCUGUUCAACCUCAAGUACCUGGUGUCUCUUCACAUGCUGCUCCUUCAUUUUCGUAUAAUAUUCCCCAGAGUGGUGCCUCUUUUUCUAGCAACCUGCAUCAUGCACAAUCUAACACUAAUAUGUCGGAUUCUGCUGCACAGGAUGUUAGUAAAUUGUCAUCUGCAUCAAGUAUCCCUCAUUCUGUCCCUGCUCAUACUUCUACAUCCAUAAUGCCGCCACCCUCUGACCCUAAUUAUCGCCCAGCUACUUCAUGGAUGCCAACUGCCCUGCCUUUUCCUGUGCAUCCUUUGAUGCCUACUCCAGGGAAUCCUGGCCCUCCUGGAUUAGCAUCAUCCGCGAUAAUUUCCUCCAAUCCUGCUGCUCCAUCCACAGGCACAGAUUCUUCCCCAGCUGCAUUACUGAGACCAAACAUGCCAACUUCAGCCAUUGCAUCAGAUCCUACUGCCCCUCAGAAAGGUUUACCCUAUCCAUCCAUGCCUGCCAUGGCUGCUCCCCCUCAGGGAGUUUGGUUACAGCCCCCGCAGAUGAGUGGUGUACUUAGACCACCAUAUCUUCAAUACCCUGCUCCUUUUCCUGCUCCCUUUCCAUUUCCAGCGCGUGGUGUUGCUCUCCCUGCUGUUCCAAUACCUGAUUCUCAACCUCCUGGUGUUACACCUGUGGGUGCUGUUGGUGGCACUUCUACACUUGUUUCUGGCCAUCAGCUGAGGGGAACAAUUGCUUUGCAAACAGAAGUUAUUUCAGGGCCUGCUGAUGAUAAGAAGAAAUUAAAUGCUGUUGAAACCCAAAAUCAGGAUGCUGCUAGUAAUGAUCAAUUAGAUGCCUGGACAGCCCACAAGACUGAAGCAGGAAUUAUAUACUAUUAUAAUGCUGUGACAGGAGAAUCAACGUAUGAUAAACCUGCUGGUUUUAAAGGGGAGCCUCACCAAGUUUCUGCUCAGCCCACUCCAGUUUCAAUGACGGAUUUGCCUGGAACUGAUUGGAUGUUGGUCUCUACUAGUGAUGGAAAAAAGUAUUACUACAACAAUCGAACCAAGACUAGCUGCUGGCAAAUCCCAAAUGAGGUGACUGAAUUGAAAAAGAAGCAGGAUGGUGAUGUUACAAAAGAUCAUUUAAUGUCAGUUCCAAAUACUAAUGUAUUGUCUGAUAGAGGGUCUGGAUUGGUUACUCUGAAUGCUCCUGCUAUUAAUACUGGUGGUCGUGAUGCUGCAGCUCUUAAAUCCUCUAGUCAGCAGACCUCAUCAUCGGCACUGGAUUUGAUCAAGAAGAAAUUGCAGGACUCAGGAACACCUGUUGCUUCCUCUGCUAUUCCUGCACCAUCAGUACAAACAGGAUCUGAAUCAAAUGGUUCAAAAAUAGUUGAAUCUACAACUAAGGGCCUGCAAGUAGAUACUAACAAAGAUAAACAAAAAGAUACUAAUGGUGAUGCUAACAUCUCUGACACAUCCUCAGAUUCUGAAGAAGAAGAUAGUGGACCUUCAAAGGAGGAGUGCAUCAUUCAAUUUAAGGAGAUGCUCAAGGAGCGAGGGGUGGCACCAUUCUCAAAGUGGGAGAAAGAACUGCCAAAGAUAGUAUUUGAUCCACGUUUUAAGGCCAUCCCGAGUUAUUCUGCUAGGAGAUCCUUGUUUGAGCAUUAUGUUAAAACUCGUGCUGAAGAAGAACGUAAAGAAAAACGUGCUGCACAGAGGGCUGCAAUUGAAGGAUUUAAGCAGUUAUUGGAUGAAGCCUUGGAGGAUAUUAAUCACAAUACUGAUUAUCAAACUUUUCGGAAGAAAUGGGGAAACGAUCCACGGUUUGAGGCAUUGGAUCGCAAAGAACAAGAGCACCUAUUGAAUGAAAGAGUGCUUCCUUUGAAGAAAGCUGCUGAAGAAAAGGCUCAAGCAAUGCGUGCAGCUGCUGCAGCAGGUUUUAAAUCAAUGCUUAAGGAGCGAGGAGAUAUAAUUUUUAACUCCCGUUGGUCCAGGGUUAAAGAAAGUUUAAGGGAUGACCCAAGAUAUAAAUCUGUGAGGCAUGAGGAUAGAGAAGUUUUGUUCAAUGAGUAUAUAUCUGAACUGAAAGCUGCUGAAUAUGCAGCAGAAAGAGAGACCAAAGCUAAAAGGGAGGAGCAGGACAAGCUGAGGGAAAGAGAACGGGAGCUGCGCAAAAGGAAGGAGAGAGAAGAACAGGAAAUGGAAAGGGUGCGAGUUAAAAUUCGAAGAAAGGAGGCAGUUACUUCUUUUCAAGCUUUACUUGUGGAGACAAUCAAAGACCCUCUGGCAUCAUGGACGGAAUCUAAGCCUAAAUUAGAAAAGGAUCCUCAAGGACGUGCAACUAAUUCUGAUCUCGAUCCAACUGACACUGAAAAGCUCUUUCGGGAACAUGUUAAGAUGCUUCAGGAACGUUGUGCACACGAAUUUAGAGUUCUCUUAGCUGAAGUAUUGACCUCCGAAGCUGCAUCUCGAGAAAGCGACGAUGGAAAAACAGUGCUUAAUUCUUGGUCUACAGCUAAACGAGUUUUAAAAUCUGAUCCAAGAUAUAACAAAGUUCCAAGAAAAGAAAGAGAAGCUCUAUGGCGCCGCUAUGCAGAGGAUAUGCUGCGUCGGCAAAAAGCAUCUCAUGAUUCCAGGGAAGACAAACAUAAAGAUUCUAAACCUAGAAAUUCUCUAGAAUCUGGAAGAUCGCAUGAGAGAAAAUAAUUCUUUUUUGUAAUUCUUGUCUUAUCAAUCAUCUCUUCUCUUCUUUGCCAGAGAUUAGGUUUCUUAGUUUGAUACCCUGACUUUUAGAACAGAAUUAUACUAUAUUACAUUCUAGUUCUUAAUAUGAUAUUACCGUGUUUAGUGCAUCACUCUUGUUCCUCAGUUCGCAUUUGUAUACUAUCAACAUUAUUGAGAAGAAGUAUCAUUAUUGAGGGAAGUCCUCCAUAUCCUUUUUCAA